CGCUCACUCUGCGGCCGACAGCUACACCCCUAGAGCCGGCAAGCGGGUGGCUGUCGCUGCUGCUCGUCCUCGUCUUCCCGCGUCACCGCUGCCGCCAUGCCCGGAGGUCUCCUUCUCGGGGACGAGGCUCCCAACUUCGAGGCCAAUACUACCAUCGGCCGCAUCCGUUUCCACGACUAUCUGGGAGACUCAUGGGGCAUUCUCUUCUCCCACCCCCGGGAUUUUACCCCUGUGUGUACCACGGAGCUUGGCAGAGCUGCAAAGCUGGCACCAGAAUUUGCCAAGAAGAACGUUAAGAUGAUUGCCCUUUCAGUAGACAGUGUUGAAGACCAUCUUGCCUGGAGCAAGGAUAUCAAUGCUUACAAUGGUCAGGAGCCCACAGAAACAUUACCUUUCCCCAUCAUUGAUGAUAAGAAUCGGGACCUUGCCAUCCUGUUAGGCAUGCUGGACCCGGCGGAGAAGGACGAAAAGGGCAUGCCUGUGACAGCACGUGUGGUAUUUAUUUUCGGUCCUGACAAGAAGCUGAAGCUGUCCAUCCUCUAUCCAGCGACAACCGGCAGGAACUUUGAUGAGAUUCUCAGAGUAAUUACCUCUCUCCAGCUAACGGCGGAAAAGAGGGUUGCCACCCCGGUUGAUUGGAAGGACGGAGACAGUGUAAUGGUUCUUCCAACCAUCCCUGAAGAUGAAGCCAAAAAAAUCUUCCCUAAAGGAGUCUUCACCAAAGAGCUCCCCUCGGGCAAGAAGUACCUCCGCUACACGCCCCAGCCGUAGUCUCCAGCCGUUGGCUGAGCUCCGUGAGGCAGACGAUGCCGGCUGCCCAUCGUGUUCUCCUGCAACUCUUCAUAAAAACAUCCUGGUGUGAUCACAGCCAAGGUCUUUAGGUUGCUCUACUACUGGCUUAUUAAAUGAAAAUGGCACUAAAAAUUUCUCGGGAUCCUUUACUCUGUGCCUUCACCAGCAUUCAACUCUGUGCGUGUACCUUAGCUCGCUCCUCCACUGACUCUCUUUGAAACACGGUCUAUAGGAGAGGCUCGGAUCUUGGAUCUCUACGGGAUUUGGGAUCAGUGAGGUAGUGUUGAAAAAGCCUGCUUUGCUCCAUCAUAGAAUGACUUUGUUUUUCAGCUGUUCUGAUCAAACCCAGAACUUGAGGUUCAGAGUCCUCUGUGAUAAGCGUGUGUACGAACCCAAAACUGAGCGUACCCAGAUGUAUCUUCCCUGUUCAGUGUUUGGAUCACAGCAGGGGCAGAGAACCUUUCAGUUCUCUACUUUUUCAGGAGAUAAGUGGGAUAAACAGGGGAAUGAUCUUUUAAGUAUUUUGCUAUAAAGAAAAUGUUCCGGUAAAUUUCUAUCAAAAGAGAAAGGCGGCUUGCCUGCGGGGGAGGUGUACCUGGUGCCCUGUGCCUAUCAUACAAAGUAUUUCCGUCUGUCAGUCUGCUCUUCGCUGAUGGAUGCCAGCAAGGGCACACCUCGGGAAGAGAGGAGAAGAUGAUGGCAAAUGUUUUUUUCUAGAAUACUUCUUGCAGUGAGGCGGGUGGGGCUGUUUUCUGACUCUUGAUUUGGGGAAUCAGCAAAUAAAUUCUUUAUUAAAACUGGA